UGACUCUUCACUUGAUCGGCUGUAACACUGUGCUUGCCAUUAUUUCAACAAUCAGCUACUUAACGUGAGAAACCCGUUUGCUGUUUAUUUAGUUCAACAUGUCCCAGCUUUAUUCUAACCCAGCGGCUGUCCCACCUGCUUUGGAGUACCUUACACAGAUUGACCAGAUAUUAGUCCAUCAAAAGAUUGAGCUCCUUGAAGCCAUUAUUGGCUUUGAGACUAAUAACCAGUAUGAGAUUAAGAACAGCAUGGGUCAAAAGAUCUUCCAUGCUAAAGAAAACACCGACUGCUGCACACGAAAUAUCUGUGGCCCUCUGAGGAGUUUUGAGCUGCAGAUAAAAGAUAAUUUUGAUCAGGAAGUGAUUCACUUAAUCAGGCCUUACCGCUGCACAUCCUGCUGUUUCCCCUGCUGUCUUCAAGAGAUGGAGGUACAGGCUCCACCAGGGAAUACAAUUGGUUACAUCAAGCAAGACUGGCACAUAUUUAAGCCCAAGUUCUCUAUCUAUGACAUGUCCAAAACAAAGGUGCUGUCCAUCGAAGGACCUUUGUGUGCCAUCAGCUGCUGUGGGGAUGUGGAUUUUGAUAUUACCAGUAAGGAUGGGCAUUCUGUUGGUCGCAUCAGUAAACAGUGGACUGGCUUCAUCAAAGAGACACUGACUGAUACUGAUAAUUUUGGCAUUAACUUUCCCAUGGACUUGGAUGUGAGGAUGAAAGCAGUUCUGCUGGGAGCAUGUUUCCUUAUAGACUUCAUGUUCUUUGAGCAGACCGGUGACUCAGGACAGCGUUGCAGUGUGUUUGGCUAGUAGGGAGUGGGAG